CAUAAAUAUGGUCGAUUUCUCAGCUGAUUAAUACUUAAUUGGGAAAGUUUGAUGAACUAUUUAAUGACAUGAUCGGCGGAUGACCUCAUUUCCGGUAAGAGUAAACAGUGAAAUCACCUGGACAUAUUAUCAAGCAAGGAAAAAGAAGUGGAAAAGUGCCUGACAGUCAUCUUUUCCAUGUGAAUUUUCACUUAACCGCUGAAAUUUGGAGACUUAAGAAUAAACUCCUGAAGGCCCGGAGUCGCCGCUCCAAGAUGGCCACAGUAGGAGAACAAUCACAAGUGGUCAGUAACCAUACAAAAGAUAAAGCAACCAAGGCAAAGGUCACUCUUGAAAACUACUACUCAAACCUUAUAGAAUCUUACCAAGAUAGAGAAAAAAGAUACAGAAUUUUAGAACAUUCCAUGGACAAAGAUGGCCUGACAGAAGAACAGAAGCAAGACCUAAGACAACAGCAUGCAGUAAAAGAAACAGAAUUUUUACGUCUAAAGAGAUCGCGGCUAGGAGUAGAUGACUUUGAACCUCUUAAAGUUAUAGGUCGAGGAGCUUUUGGAGAGGUACGAUUAGUACAGAAGAAAGAUACUGGCCAUGUAUAUGCCAUGAAAAUUUUACGAAAAGCUGACAUGCUGGAGAAAGAUCAGAUUGCUCAUGUACGAGCAGAACGUGAUAUUUUAGUAGAAGCAGAUCAUACCUGGGUUGUGAAAAUGUUUUAUUCUUUCCAAGACCAACAAAAUUUAUACCUCAUAAUGGAAUUUUUACCUGGUGGUGACAUGAUGACAUUGUUAAUGAAGAAAGACACUUUAACGGAUGAGCAAUCACAGUUUUAUGUGGCAGAAACAAUUGUGGCUAUAGAUUCCAUUCAUAAAUUAGGCUUUAUACAUAGGGAUAUUAAACCAGAUAAUUUAUUGUUAGAUGCUAGAGGACAUAUCAAAUUAUCUGACUUUGGUUUAUGUACAGGCUUGAAAAAGUCCCAUAGAACAGAAUAUUAUAAGGAUCUCUCAAAUGCCAAAUCUAGUGAUUUCUCUGGGAAUCCCAUGGAUUCUAAGAGGAGGGCCGAAAGCUGGAAAAGGAAUAGAAGAGCUCUGGCAUACUCCACAGUUGGAACUCCAGAUUAUAUAGCACCAGAAGUAUUUAUGCAAACCGGUUAUAACACAAGCUGUGAUUGGUGGUCACUAGGGGUCAUUAUGUAUGAAAUGAUGAUAGGUUACCCACCAUUUUGUUCUGAAAAUCCACAAGAAACAUACCGGAAGGUUAUGAACUGGAGAGAAACAUUAAUAUUCCCUCCAGAAAUGCCUAUAUCUAAUGAAGCUAGGGAACUCAUUCAAAGAUUUUGCUGUGAUCCAGAACAUAGAAUAGGUGCUAAUAGUAUAGAUGAAAUUAAAUCACAUGUAUUUUUUAAAGGAGUUGAUUGGGAACAUAUCAGGGAGAGACCAGCAGCCAUUCCAGUAGAUGUUAAAAGUAUAGACGAUACAUCAAACUUCGACGAUUUUCCAGAAAUUGAUCUCAAGUGGCCUACAAACCAGAAUAAUCAGCAGCAGAUAUCAAGUGAAAGUGACAAAGACAGUAAAUAUAAAGACUGGGUGUUUAUAAACUAUACGUACAAACGAUUCGAAGGAUUAACACAAAGAGGCAAACAACCGUUCCCAAAGCAAUCAUAAAACAUACAGCAAAUCUUAAUAGUGUGCCAUUUACUCCAUAAACACAGCUGGCCUGCAUUUUACAUUGAUGCUUUUAAUAGUGAUGGAAAAAAGAGAAGAUUUGUUAGCUUUUGUGUUUGUUUUGAUUUUUUUUUACAGAGGGAAAUUUCUUCUAAAGGAAUUAAUCUGGGGGCAAAUAUUUUGAGCAGUUGGUUUAUUAGUUGAAAAUAAUUUUUUACAGUAUUACAAAAUGAAAAUAUCGUCUACAUUAAUAUUAAAGUAAUUAGAUUUGCCUACAAAAAUAUCUGUCUAUAUUUUAUUUCCAUAUAAAUCUAUACAUUAAUCAAUGUUAAUCCUCAUGCUACAAAUUAUAUAAAUAGCAUUUAAAGGAAUUUACGUAAAUAACUGAAUUAUUGAUACCUCUCUGUAAAUUAUCUAAAAUAAACAUUUUUGAGGAAUGUAGGCAAUAAUUGAAAGAGCAUUUACUCCAAAUGUAUUACUGCAGUUGACUUGCUUUAGAGGAAACAGAAAAUUAAGCAAAAAUUUACAAGUGUUAUAUGAGUUUCAGAUGGGCAUACCUAAAUGAUAACACUUUAACGCAUAUUAAUUAUAUAUUAACUGCUGACAAUUGUCUGAAGAAUUCCAUUUGAUUAUUUCUCAGAGGUUUUUAAUAUCAUUUACUGUUCAUUUUAAAUAUGUACAUUUAUAUAACCCAUAGUGAAGGCGGUUUUAUAUAAUGCUUUUUAAAAUCCAUAUUUACUUACAAUACAUACAAAUUGGGUGCUUUCUUUUCUUUUUUGGAAGCUUAUAUUUUUGUUGUAGUGGCAAAAUUAGAUUGUAUUAAUAAAAAUUAUGCAAUAUUUAAAAGAGAGAAGUCAAAAACAAUUUUAAAUUUAAAAAUAUUCAAAUCAAAUUUGUUUGUAGUUCAAUUGCUAAGAAGAACUUUAUUGGGCUGUUCCAGGAAUAAACUAUUCAAAUUUUUUCUUAAAAUUUCAAAAUCAACUGGAAGCGUUUCGUUGGUUCAUUUUAACAAAAUACUCAUCCAUUGAAUAAAUAAAUCAUCCUUGUGUUAUGCUUGGUUUCAUUGCUGUCAUGAUUUCAUUUAAAAAUAGAAUUUUGAUGACUUGUUUUUUUUACAAGUUAGUGUUAACCAAAUACUCAUUCAUUUGUAUUUGGCAAGAAUUUUUUAAAAGAUAAUGGAACAGUCUGAACGAUGCACCUGUUUAGAAAUACAUGGUACUUGUGUUAAGAUACAUAAAACAUAAACCCUUUUCUCAGAUUAAUUUUACAACUAUAUUAGUAAAGUAAAACAAUUGAUCUGUUUUUAAGGUUUAUCUAAAUAAAAUGUCUUUUUUUUUGCAAGUACCUUGUAUGUUUAAAUAGAAAAACAAAAAAGCAUUAAUCAGAUGAGUGGCAAUUUUUUUAAAAAGAAUUUACACUUUUUUUUAAUUUAUUAUUUUAGCAGAGACACAUAAAGCUUUUGAAGGUCUACAGCCAAAACAUGUCAUUUAUUUAUAGAUUGUGUAAAGAUAGUUAUUUUGGUGUUACGUCAUGAUUUUAUCAUUGGCAAUCUAGUUAGCUAGACUAGACAAACCCAAGUUUUUUGGUUGCUAUAGAAAUAUUUUCUGUAAAAGUUGAUUAGUUUUGAAAGUUAACGUUAUCAUCUACAAAUAUUAACAUUAAAUUAUGAACUCUAUGACUCUUAUUGUAUGGUGGCAUUUCCACACAGCAGGGCUUUAUAAAUGACAUCAUCAUAGGUGUGUGUACCUCAUGUUGAUUUCAGUGUUUCACAUACAGACAUUUUAACAACCAUUUAUAAUAAACAACAAUUGUAUUUUUCUCAUUUUGUUCAAAAAAAAUUAUUUUCAUUUUGUUUUUUCAGUUCUAAUAUUUUAACAGCCAUUAUACCAUUACCAAAAAAAGUACUGAGUUUAAACCAGUCAUUUGAAAUUGGAUUCGAAAAAAUAACUUCAUGUAUAUAACAUUGAAAUCAGCCAAGACCAAAUAAAUAUUCAGUUUUUCCAGUAAUAGAUGUAUUUUAUCUUAAACCAGGUAGUAUUAUAAAUGUGAUAUCCAAAAUGACAUGUCUUUGUAUUUCUAAUAAUGGCAUGACAUGUCUUGUAUUUCUCAUGAUGGUGUGACAUGUCUGUAUUUCUCAUGACAGUGUGACAUAUCUGUAUUUCUCAUGAUGGUGUGACAUGUCUGUAUUUCUCAUGAUGGUGUGACAUGUCUGUAUUUCUCAUGAUGGUGUAACAUGUCUGUAUUUCUCAUGAUGAUUGUACCACAUUCCAUUUUCACUGUGUUGUUUUAUUUACCAUUUCCAUUUUUGAGGAAACAUUUUUACGAAGUUGAUCAGCUAGGUCAAACUUAACCUUAGGCACCAUUCUGCUUCAAAAUUUGUGUUGUAUUGACAUAAGCACGCAGAAUGUAAGCUUUUUAUUUUUGACCUCUAAUAUAUUUUUGACCUCUAAUAUUUGUCCAUGUAAGAAGAGAAAGCUUCAGUAUACAUUCAGUUGAUCUUCCCUUUUCAAAAGAGAUGAUUGUAAAUAGCUAAUUGAUAUGCUACAAUGCUUUCGGUAUUUUACGAUUGUUAUUUACUAUUGUACUAUUAGAGGAAAAACUAUGAUAUCUGGUAGACUACCAGCAUGCAUUGUUCAACCUUGUACCCAUGUUAAGAUGUAAAAAUAACAGUGUGCCAUUAACUAACAGUUUGUGAUAAAAAAUGUCUGUUUCUUUGUGGAUAACUCUGGUUUCAACUAAUAGACCGGACUCCCAUCAAAAUAUACAAAUGAUUAAUUAGAAAUCAACCACAAACAAUAAUGUGAUUGUAGGACUUAUUUUUUUUAUUUUGAUUUAAUCAACAAAAGUGCUUAAAACUGUGUCUAAUGAUUCAUGGAAAGAGAUCGAAAUUUGGACAAAAUUAAUACAAUUUAGCAAGUUCUAUUUGCUGAAACUUCAUACUGUAUUUGGUCUUUUUAACUCUUUUGAUUCAAGUGUCACUGAAGAUUCCUUGCAAACAAAUUCAAUCCUGGUAUUUAUGAUGAGUUUAUUUCGUGAUGACCUGUUGAUAUUGCAGAGAAACUUCUUACAUGUGUUCGUUUGAAAAUCCAUAAAAAAAUGCUGAGAAAAUUGAUUUUUCUUUCAAGCAAUAAAAUGUUGUCUUGUUUUAGAUUGUUCCAUCAUAUUCACAGUUUUUGUUUUCCAUUUUAUUUAUUAUUCAUCUGUUUUUUAUUUAUUAGUUAUUUUGUGUAGUUCACCCAUGAAUCAUGAAAAUAAAAAUAGCAAAGACUGACUUAAUUUAGUUACACAAUUUUUUUUGUGUUUUUAUUUAAACUUAUUAUAUCAUACACUUAGGGAAUACUAUUAAACUCAUUUUGUUGUUGGUUUGAUAAACUGACCUUUAUUUACCCGACAGUAUGUAUCAGGUCGUUCCUUGAUUUAAAUAUGUUUAAUACUGUGGAUUCAUUCAUUUUUGUGGGUUCCAUUAUUUUGUGAUUUAAUGAAAAUUGUAUUCUUUUCAAUACUUGACUGAUUUUAGUUUAUUGGAAAUUUAUAUUUUGUUGUACAAAAAAUUGUUGUUCACUUUUACCUGCAAAAUCCUUAAAUUUCUAGUGGUUAAAUUUAGUUGUUUUGUGUCUAUAUAAGAUUUCAUGGGGAUUCAAUUUCGUGGUUUCCAGUAAAUGAAAGUGAUAUGAUAUGUAGGUUAGAUUUUCGGGUGAAUUUUAAUUUAGUUUGCAAUAUUCUUUCCACGAAAUAAAGGAAAUUAAAUCAUCCACGAAAAUUUCUGCUUUCACAGUAGUAUCCCACAAAAAGUAUCCACAGUACAUGGACAUGGGGAAAUUAUUUCUAAGUUUAAUUGAAAGGGAGAGUAAAUUUGAACUUGAAAAUGUUCAUGCACUGUAGCUAUUCUUUUAAAUGUUUUUUUAAGUGAUGCCUUCCAAUACACCAACAACAGACUGGGGUAGUUUUGCAUGCCACUUUUCCAUUAUUUCACUAAUAUCCAGUUCCAGUUUAUAUUACAGUUUUUAUUUAUGAUUUUAUAUUGUGUUUUUGAAUUUGAGGUUCAUAUUAAAUGAGAAAUAGAAGUGUAAUGAUUAUUCCACAUUGUUGAAUCAUACCAAAGUGGAUGUGGAUCUAAUUGAUCUUUGUUAUCAUGUGUAACUUAACAUUUCUAUAAUAUUGUCUCACAGAUAACCUAUUAAAAAUCAGGUUUGACGUUAAUAUAAUAUUAUAUUUGAGUAUGCAUGUUUCUUUGGCUAAUAUUUUUACUAUUGCUUUAAAGUAUCAUUAAAGCUGAGCCCCUUACAGUAUGAAACCAUUCUUGACAGCCAAUAUUUAUGUGUCAGAUAUUAGAAAAAAAUAGUUUGACAUACAUAACCUUAGAGUCUCAUUGAUACUGUAUUUUUGUAGAUGAUUUUAAAGUAAUGAUAUUAGACUAUGUAUUGGAUAAGGGCUGUCGGUUAGUUAAAACAUUUACACUUAUUUCAACUAGCAAAAGAAAAAGAUGUGUAAAUCUGAAUUUUGAUAAGAUAAUUUUCUAUAUUCUAUUGUCAGUUCUUUAGAAUUAUUUUAAUAUAUUGAAUGACUUGUCUUACCAAUGAUAGACCAUUACGAUUUUAUAGAAAGAUAUAGAGGCAUCAGGUAAUGAUGAGUUAUACAUGAUAAUUAUGUUUGACUGCUAGUGAUUUUUGUUUAUAAUUCUGUGAUAUGUAGAUAUAUGAUUGUUUCUUUGUCCUCUGGGUGGAUGUACACAAAUAAACAAAUAAAUCACAAAUCUU